AUGGGUGCCGCAUACCACAUUCUCGGAAAGACUGUCUACCCCCAUCAGCUCGCUAUCGGAACUAUCGUCUCUGUCGUCGGUGGUAUCGUGAUUGCUUCUUCUGGCAAGAAGGCUGAGAAGCCCGCUGCCCCCGCCAUCCAGGCCGGCUCUUCCGACGAGGAGAAGUUCAUUGCCAACUUCCUCAAGGAGCAGGAGGCUGCUGAGAAGAAGUAG